CACUUCUAAAGGCAAACACAACUGAUUCUCAGAUUAUCAUAUAGGAUCAACCAUGGCAGCAACACCUUUUCUCUCUGCUGUUUCAAGAAGGCUAGAAGGAAAAGUAGCGGUAAUCACCGGAGCAGCAAGCGGUAUCGGGGAAUGCACGGCAAGACUCUUCGCUCGUCACGGUGCAAAAGUCAUAAUCGCCGACAUCCAAGACGACUUAGGUCAAUCAAUCUGUAAGGACAUAGGCUCAUCGAAUGCCACGUAUGUUCACUGUGACGUCACCAACGAAACCCAUGUCCAAAACGCCGUCGACAAAGCCGUCGCCACCCAUGGCAAGCUCGACAUCAUGUUCAACAACGCCGGCAUUGGAGACGGCCCAAAACCGCGCAUUAUUGACAACGAAAAAUCAGAUUUUGAACGUGUUCUCGACGUUAACUUAACCGGAGUUUUUCUGGGCAUGAAGCACGCAGCUCGUGUCAUGAUCCCGGCUCGGAGUGGCAGCAUAAUUUCGACGGCUAGCGUAACGUCGAGAAUCGGCGGCGGAGCUUCACACGCGUAUACUUGUUCGAAACACGGCGUUUGGGGGCUGACCAAGAAUGUAGCGGUAGAGCUCGGCCAGUUCGGGAUUAGAGUUAAUUGCUUGUCACCUUACGGCGUUGUGACGCCGUUGUUGAGGAAAUUUGGUGUGCCUGGUAAUGAUGAAGAGCUUGAGAAUUUGGUGAGUUCACUCGGUAAUUUGAAAGGGGUGAGUCUGAAAGCGCAGGACGUGGCUCAUGCUGCGGCUUAUCUAGCGAGUGAUGAGUCAAGGUACGUGAGUGGGCAUAAUCUGUUCAUUGAUGGAGGUUAUACCAUUGUUAAUCCUUCUUUGAAUUUAUUUCAGUACCCAGAUUCUUGA